UAAUAUUUUUGCGUUACCUCAGAUACAGUCUGUCAAUGGAGUCAAACGGUCACGCCAAACUGUGCCGUGGCAAAUGUAAAAAAGCUUUUUGCCCGAAGUAGUCCAUUGACCGCAGAUAAGUGUUAUUUAGACUGUGAUGAAGGAGGAGGAAUAGUUUUUGAUAAACAGCGGGUUCGUUUGCAGUUAAUUUCCACCAAGAAGACAGCCUUUUUUUUGGCCUCUCUGCGAUAAUGGCGGAAGAGAGCGCAGUUCCCAUGCAGCAGAAUUUGGACAGGAGCUGUUGGGUGUGCUUCGCCACAGACGAAGAUGACCGCACAGCUGAGUGGGUUCGUCCGUGUCGCUGCCGCGGCUCAACCAAGUGGGUUCACCAGACCUGCCUGCAACGCUGGGUGGAUGAGAAGCAGCGGGGCAACAGCACAGCACGUGUGGCCUGCCCACAGUGCAAUGCAGAAUACCUCAUCGUCUUUCCCAAACUGGGUCCUGUGGUUUAUGUGCUCGACCUGGCUGACCGGCUCAUCUCUAAGGCUGGACCCUUUGCUGCAGCUGGCAUCAUGGUGGGCUCCAUCUACUGGACUGCUGUCACGUAUGGAGCUGUCACUGUUAUGCAGGUAGUCGGCCAUAAGGAGGGCCUGGAUGUUAUGGAGCGGGCUGACCCUCUGUUCCUCCUCAUCGGGCUGCCCACCAUCCCUGUCAUGCUGAUCCUCGGCAAGAUGAUCCGCUGGGAGGACUAUGUCCUGCGCCUGUGGAGGAAGUACUCUAACAAACUGCAGAUCCUCAACAGCAUCUUCCCAGGAAUCGGCUGCCCGGUUCCUCGGAUCCCUGCAGAGGCCAGCCCGCUGGCAGACCAUGUGUCGGCCACACGGAUCCUGUGCGGCGCCCUGGUCUUCCCCACCAUCGCCACCAUUGUGGGGAAGCUCAUGUUCAGCAGCGUCAACUCAAACCUGCAGAGGACCAUCCUGGGAGGUAUCGCCUUUGUGGCCAUCAAGGGGGCAUUUAAGGUGUACUUCAAACAACAGCAGUACCUGAGGCAAGCCCACCGCAAGAUCCUCAACUUCCCAGAGCAGGAAGAGGCCUAAGGAAGGCCGUAGGGAGGGAGGACAGAUGGAUGGACGAACCACACACCUCUGCUCAAGGGGUGGGCGGGAUGAAAGCUCAGUGAGCAGGAAGUGCUGGUGAAACAGACUUUGAUUGUGUCACGUUCAUUACCACCUCCUCCUCCUCUCCACACCUCGCCCCUCUCACCACCCCGGUGUGACUCAUCGCUGACAUCCCUGCAAAGAACCCCACCACCAUCACCACACGCUGUUUUGUGACGCUUAAAGUGAAGAUGGACGUGACAUGCAGACUGGAGCAUGUGCAGUUAGACACACACACAUUAAGACGCCUGUUUCCUGAGUACUGUGAGACUACAGGAUGGAUGUGCUUCAGCAAUCACAUUAACUAUUGUAAACCUACUGUAUUUUAAGGAAUUAAAAUUGUAAUUAGAAAGUUUUAUAAAAAAUAAACUGUUUUAUAGUGUUUAUUUUGGAGCACCCCGUUGGCCGACGUUGGUGACUGAUACUGAAAGAAGACCAAUGUUCAGUGUAAGGAAUGUACUCCCUAAGCAAACAAUAAAAUGUGAUGUGAAUCCUUAUGCAGAACAGAAAACUAGCCUCACGUUGUCAUUGUGCCACUGCAGCUGAUUAUCCAACGCCUAACACGCUGACCCUAGAUCAGGAGCUGAUACACUGGUGUGUACUGAAGAACUUUGUUCACAUGUCUCAUUCAGUUUUUCUUCAAAACGCGCUCGUGUGAUUUGUUUUGAAGCCUCGUCACCCACCACAGCGCUCCUGGUUCUGUUGAGCCUCGUGCUGUGAUGUGUGAAUAAUAUAGAUGAUGGACUGGAUUGCUUUUUCUUUUUAAAUCUUUGGGUGCCUCACUUAACAUUGAGUGUGGCACUUAUGGGAGAUGGACACUUGUGUUGGAGCCGUUUCUGCCAGAUUUUAGAGGCGGCUCAUACGCCUCCACCCUCUCAACCUGCCCUGAUGGGGACUGCUGUCACCUGAGCGUGAACCAGCUCAGGUCAGACUCAGGUUCUUCUCUAAUUAUCACGCACACAAAAGUGAAACUUGGACACUGGCAGUUGAAAGUGACUCACUGCAGCAGCUGGCACUUCUCGUUGGACGCUUGUGGAAAUUUAAAAGGUCAGUUCACCCAAAUAUUGAGCCAUAUUUUCCUGUCCAAGUGCUGUACAGAGUGUUUAAUUUUUAGAUUGGGUUUUCAAGUAGGAUUUUAUUGGAGUGGAAAAAAUUACAGCAAAAUGUUCAAGUUUAUCCACAAUUUCUGCCAUUUUCUGUAUUCAAAUAUUUAGAUAUUUGAAGUGUGAAAAUAGUGCUCUUUGUAAUUUGAGUGAACUGACUCAAACACUUUGGUUUAAAUGACUGGGAGCCUAAUGUGAGCAUCAAUUUCCUUUGUUCCUGUGCAAAUAUGGGCUUAGAACUAACAUGUAAGUUGUUGAGAUGAGACUCUUGAGUGUGAGAGCAUGUGGGAAAAAGGUACAAUGUAUAACCAACCACCUGGAAUAUUUAACCUGCACAUGUAAACCGUGCCUGCUGUACAGGUGUUCCCCUCAGAUCUGCAGAUUACACCCUUCCCAUCGUGUCUCCUCUCUUCCACGAGACAGAGUGAACUGUUGUAACACGUUGCUUCUAACUUUAGACUUCCACAGUGUCAGGUCUGUGAAUAAAUGUAUUUUU